GUGAGGCAACGCGGUUUCCGCUUGGCGCACGCGGAGAGCUCGUUGUGUCGACGACUGCGAUCCAGGCCCGCGUCGCACGGGUGUCGAUGAUGAACGCGCGUCGUCGAUGAUGGACAGCGCUGCUUCGUCCCCUCGCAAGGAUCCCGUGCGGCUGGGUCCGGUGCUGGAAGAGAGCGUGGCCUCCUCUUCGGUGGUGCUGCCAUGCGACUCCGAGAACGGCCGCCUGACCUGGCGCGAGCGAUGGGUUCCCUUCUUCCGAGGCUUGGGCCUCGAGUCCGUGCUCUUCCUCUACACGAUCACGUUCGCCAUGCGCUUCGUCGUCACCCAGCAACUCUUCAUCGCCAAGUCGUGCCUGUCUGCCUACCCCGACGACGUGUGCGCCACGCUGAGCCAGCAAAAUGCCAGCGUGCGCGACGCCGUCACCCGCAACGCCAACGUGCACAACCUUUUGCUGGUGCUUGCCGAGUUCGUUCCUGCCGCAGUGAUGUCGGUGUUCCUCAGCUCGUGGUGUGACAAGCACGGUAACCGCAUUCCUUUGCUGCUGAACCUGUGCGGCGCGUUUGUGCUGGACGCCGGCACCAUCGUCACUGUGCUGGUGUUUUCGGCGCCCAUGUACGUGAACGUCCUCCUCGGACUAGUGUGCGGUAUGACCGGUGGCUUGGUAUGCAUGACUGCCAUCGUUGAGAGCAACGCAUCGCGAUCGUCGCGCGAAGACAUGCGUGCCGUCAAGUUCCUCGUCGUCAUGAGCGCCUUGCUAGUCGGUGUCCAGCUGGGACAGGUGAUAUCGGGCGAACUCUUCAGCGCAGGCGGAUACCUGCCCGUGUACUGCGUCUCCGUUGGCAUAGUUGUGUGCAGCAUGCUUUUUGUGCUAGUGUUUAAAACCGGAACCUCAUCGUCGACGUCUCGCCUGAGCGACAUGCUGAAGGACCUACGGAUGCACAACUUCAAAGAAGGCUUCGACGCGGCCUUUGGCUGGAGACCACACGGACUCCGGCACCGCCUCGUGCUGCUCGCCCUUUCCCUCGGUGUCAUACUCUUCAACGCAGAGACCGGCAAGAGCAUCUCCUUCUACUUCUCUCUCCGGCGCUUUCAUUGGAGCGUCGCCAUGUACUCCAACAUGGCGGCGGGUUUCGGGGCGCUGGAUAUCGUGUGCUCGGGCCUCUUCAUCGGCGUCGGCAGCCGCGUGCUCAAGCUGCCCGACUUGGUGAUGGCCAUGGCUGGUAUCCUCUCCAUGACAGCUUUUCUCGUCAUCAAGGGCUUCUCGCGUGAGCCGUGGAUGUUCUACAUGGGCUGUGCCAUUGGGUCCCUGAGCAGCGUGACACCCGUGGCCAUUUUGUCCAACGUGUCAAAACUCAUCAGCAAAGACGAAGCCGGUACUGCCUGUACAGAGAAGUGGCGGUGUACUCGACGCUUCCGCGAAACGACACGGACUGUGAGCCAGACGCUAGGAAUGCUGACAAUGCCGUGCCCUCCUAGAAGAGUGACACCACACUUCUAUAUAGCAUCGCCUGCCUGCCGCUGCUCUUGAGGCCCGCAAGAUCGUCCCGUUGUCAAGUGCCAAAAGAUCACAUGCCGUCACACGACGCCCGCGCUUAAACCACUAUACCAAACACGAACUGUUGGUGCCGCCAGUCUUCAUCGCUAGUGUGUUAAUGGCCGGAGCUAUCGUGGAAAACCUUCCUGUUGGACAAGUCGGCACCUACUUAAAGGGGAACUCCGGCGAUUUCUCGGUGUUCACAGAUUUCAGUAAAACUUUUCGACAUAUGUCCUCUUCGGUACCAUGAUGAUAUGUGCCAAACUAUACGACUGCAUAUGAACGAAGGAAGGGGAACUCAUCAAAAGUCUCUCGUGUUCUUUGUUUUGGACAACCUAAUGAAACUAACAGACAAUGAAGCCCAGGAAAAUAUAGGGGCAUUAUUUGAAGUCUUUAACGCUAAUGUGGUGAUUAUGAUAUAAAUGUAAAGAAAUUAAAUAGGACUAAAAGACAACUUGCCGCUGGUAGGGAGCGGACAUACAACCUUCGAAUAACACGUCCGGUGCUCUACCGAUUGGGCUGCAGCUGGCGGUCAUCCUCCCAUCCAAUUUAUUGGGUAAUGCUAUACGCGUGAACCUGAGAGUGAACCUGAGAGCCAGCGCUGCUCGUAGUCAUGGCGGCGUGCGUGGAACAUUUUUUUUUUCGCCAGCUGGCGUCACGUGGCACGCGAUCGUUCUAAGAACUGGCAGCCCAGUAAUAAUCCCUUGUCUACUACCUGAAAGCAUCAAAUCUACCGGAACGAGACCCCAGCUACAAAUGAAUAAAGGAAGGGGAAUUGAUCAACUUGUACUUGGUGGUAGUGCGGGUUAAAGUCAGAGACAACAGAAAAACAGAAUAGCUUUGUGUUGUGCCGACUGUCCCUUUUUUCUGUUGUCCCUGUAUUUAGCCUGCGCUUCCAUCAAGUUCAUUGCAAUACCAACCAGCCCACAUUGUCACCCUCAUCGAAUUUAUCAAGGGCUCGUUUUUCUGUUAUAUACAACCUAAUAAACUAACAGACAAUGAAGUCAAUGAAAGUAUCGGGCAGCGGUCCAAACACGCGGACCGCGGGCCACAUGCGGCCCGUGGACCUUUCGCUAUCAGCCCGGCCCGUACAUGACUGUCUUGCCACAUUUUUUUUAAAUUUUCUUAAUAUUUAUGUUCAUGAGCUACACAGACGUGACGGGUGUCAAGCAUUUUUUCGUGGGUACUCCAUUCGGUCGCUACGUGUUAAAGGGAUAGGUGUGGAACAAAAGCUGUAUAGAUCAGAAUCGGCGUGCAGAUUUCAGUCAUUGUGGAGAUAAGUACCGGUAUGUUUCUCGAAGCUUGAGGUCAAACACCCUUCAGAAACAACCCAUAUAUGAGAUAUGGGAAAUGGCAACUCUAUAGCUGACAUUCUGCGAAAGCUGCUUCCCCCUUCGCUCCUACCAUAAGCUUCACCAUCCCGGCCCGUCGAGAGACUACACUUGCGGCCCGCUGGCCGAGCUGAGUUUGAGACGGCUGGUAUAGGGGCAUUAUCUGCAUGCAAAUACGGCCUGGUGCCAUCAAACGUAAGUGCAGCCUUGAAGAUACCGCGGGAUAGAGGAUGCGUAACCGACCGCAGCCUGCCAUCCGACCACUCUAGGCAAUUGUUUACAACUUUGCGAUGGUGAAACAUUCAUCAUCAUCAUCAGCCUGUCUACGCCCACUGCAGGGCAAAGACCUCUCCCAUGUUCCGCCAAUCAACCCGGUCCUGUGCUUUCUGCUGCCACGUAAUACCUGCAAACUUC